AUGGCGCCCUGCUGUUUGAAUAGAUGCUUUUGGCCCAUCCUGGUGGACGCAGGUAGCUAUUUUGAUCUGCACAUGCGUUUUCUGAUUGCCGGAAGCUUGGAGCUCGCAGGGCAGCAUGCGAUGUUCGAAAAGACCCGCCCUAGCCCUGAGAAGCUGCGCGAGCAGGUGAAGUCAGUGGUUGCUGAGAUCGUCGGCAUGGAAGACUUGGUAGAUGCCAGGUCCCGAUUCUGGUAUCUCUUGAGUUGGCUCUCCCACGGGCCGUUUGCAGCCAUGGCGCGAAAUGAAGAAAAAGCGAUGGCGGCCCUGAACCGGUGGACAGCCCAGAAGCGGGAUAUAGAGAUGCAGAAGAACAUGGGCAAGGCAACUUACAUGGGUGGAGCCCUGCCCGACACCGCUGCUUACGGGCCUUACAAGCGCGACAAGAGGCCGAAGAUUGCCUCGGAGGUGAAGACCGUCAAGGAGUGUGAGCACUGGCGACAGGACAUCCUCCGCGGCGUGGCGAAGAAGAUCGCCGAGAUCCAAAAUGCAGCAUUGGGGGAGCACCGCAUCCGCGAUCUGAAUGACGAGAUCAACAAGGAUCUGCGCGAAAAGGGCUACUGGGAGGACCAAAUCAAAUCACUUGGAGGUGCGGACUACAAGUCUCAGCCGAAGCGGGAUGUCGAGACUUACGGCGCGGAGUUAGCAUCACACAGCGGCUACAAGUACUUCGGCGCUGCUAAAGACCUUCCUGGAGUGAGGGAGCUGUUUGAAACCGAGAUCAUCCCGGAUGCCCCGCGCAAAACAAGGAAGCAGCUAUUUCUCCACAUCCAACCGGAUUAUUAUGGCUGGCGGGAUGAAGAGGAUGGCAUGCUGCUCCUGGAGGAGAAGAUCGCUGAAGAAGAGGCCGUCAAGAAGCUGCAGGCCGAAUGGAAGGUCGAGCAGGCAGAGCAGGCUGCCAAGGCCUCGAAGAAGCGGAAGGCCCCCAAAGAGGAAGCACAGAAAGAGGAGGAGAAGCAGGAGCAGCCGAAAGAGCCAGAAGUGGAGAAGCCCAAGGACCAGGAUUUCGCAGAUUUCAAGGCCUAUGUAGACAUUCCAACGAUGGAAGACAUCGAGCGUCUCAUCGUGAAGAAGAAGAAGGAGACGCUGCUGAAAAAGUACGCGCCCAGCGAGGCUCAAUCGAAUGAUUGA